AUGGCUGACCCUCUUAGUAUCGCUGGCUCGGUUGCUGGAUUGCUGGCCACGGCGGUCAAAGUUUCCCGCAAAAACAUGAUCCAGCUCGAUUACCUCUCCAUUGUCAUCACACACUCCGUUCUAACACUUUCAAAACUCGAAUCCAUCGUCUGCCAGCAGGAUGGGUUGCGGUCUCGGAUGAAAUGGGCGCUGUGGCACGAAAAGAAGAUUCUAGCUCUUCUUCCCCGGUUGGAGUCUCAGAAGUCAACAUUGACUGUGAUGAUCACACUUCUCAAUAGCGAGACUCAAGAAGAAGCAAGUCGCUCACAAAUCACCAUGUUGGCCAAAGUGGACGAAAUUCUUCAGCAAAACCGAACACUAGCCGAACAAUUGAAGCUGCUCGACAACGGAAAGUCGUGGGACACUAGAUCCGUCAAGUUCAUGGACAACGCGUCCUCAAUAAUCAGCAGACCUGUGUCUACCCAAAGUGUUAUCCACAGAUCCCCUUCAGCCGCCUUUCGGACCCCAGAGUCUUUGGAGGGAUCGAUGAUCAUGACGCUAUCAAAAAGGAAUUUCGAGCUCGACUUGGGUCAAUCGAGGGUUUAUAAACGGGCCCAAGACCGCGAAACAGACAGAUCCUCUUUCACAACAUCCAACGCCCCGACAAGUGCUUGGAGUAUGCUCUCAGGUCUCACCAUCGGCGACAUUUCCACAGUGUCAGCGUUUAGAUUGCCAAUUACUCUCAAGGAUAUCAAUAAAAUUGCACCGGGGUCAACAUUUUCAGGUCUUUUGAUGAACUAUCAAUCUAUGGAAGACCAGACUCGAUCCAAUCCAUUUGAGUGCAGGGACUCACUGUCACGAGCUCCCAUUAGGGACGAAAGAUUGGCAGGGACGUUGUCUUUCAAAUUUGAUGAGUCUGGCGACGUCGCGUGCAGAGAGCCCGAAAUUCAACAAGAAGGAUUGACAACUUUCACUACGGUACGUGUCUUUGGCAACACCAAAAAGUCUUGUCUGUCAAAACGGUCCGUGAACUCUCUAUUGACAUGGAUAGUGCAACAGUCAUACAAAUGUGACGACGCAUUCUUGAUUCUCGUAGGCGUGGACAGCGCGGCGCGGGUCGAAAUCCAAGACCUAGCGAACGAGGUUUCCAGAGCGCGACCAGACGCCCUUUGUUUUCUGGUUGGGACGUCUAAGAACCGUGGAGCACCGCAUGGCGAUGCUGAGUUGGGACGUAUCGCGAAAUUCUUCCUUGAUCUAAGAAUGAAGGUGUUGUAUUGUGAUGUGCAACACCCGAUGAGCGUUGGACAACUGCUCGCACAGGCCAUUAUAGCUGCGAAUCGUAGAGGCCUAAGGAACUUGCUCGAAGCCCCCACCUCGCCUCAACUAUCCAAGGUUACGAUCGAAUAG